UUCAUUUGUUGUUGUUUUCUUCUUCCUUUCGUAUUCUUUGUAUCAACGGAAUUUCAAAAUUUUUGUUGGAGGCUCGACCCUGUUUGGUUUCCGAGAAAAUCUCUGCAUUUGUUCCCAGGAAAAAUCUUGCUUCGGGAUUUCUUCGGAUUCAUGCUCUGUACCGACAGAAAUGCCAAGUAUCAGAGCUCCAGCUGCGAAGAAGACCACCACGCUCACUGUUGCUGUGAAAUGCAGGCCGUUGAUGGAGAAAGAGCGUGGCAGAGACAUUGUUCGAGUGAACGACUCCAAGGAGGUGAUUGUGUUGGAUCCCGAUCUAUCGAAGGAUUACCUUGACCGCAUUCAGAAUCGAACCAAAGAGAAGAAGUAUUGUUUUGAUCAUGCAUUUGGCCCUAAGAGCAUGAAUAAGGAUGUAUAUAGAAGUAUAUCUUCUGUAAUCUCGGGGGUUGUCCAUGGUCUCAAUGCUACAGUGUUUGCCUAUGGUUCGACAGGAAGCGGUAAGACGUAUACAAUGGUUGGUACUCAGAACGAUCCUGGAUUGAUGGUUCUCAGCUUGAACACCAUAUUUGAUCUGAUUAAGAGUGACAAGAGCUCCAACGAAUUUGAAGUAACUUGUUCAUACCUUGAAGUCUACAAUGAAGUUAUCUAUGAUCUGCUUGAGAAAUCAUCUGGUCAUUUAGAGCUCAGAGAAGAUCCGGAGCAGGGUAUAGUAGUUUCAGGCCUGCGAUCAAUCAAGGUACACUCUACUGAUCGGAUUCUUGAGCUGCUGAAUUUAGGUAACAGUAGACGAAAAACUGAGAGCACAGAGAUGAAUGGAACAUCAUCACGAUCGCACGCUGUUCUGGAGAUUACAGUGAAAAGAAGGCCAAAGAAUCAAAAUCAAGUCAUGAAGGGAAAACUUGCCCUUGUAGACCUUGCUGGUAGUGAAAGAGCGUCUGAGACAAACAAUGGUGGUCAAAAACUUAGGGAUGGAGCUAAUAUUAAUCGCUCACUCCUCGCACUAGCAAAUUGCAUCAAUGCUUUGGGGAAGCAACACAAGAAGGGUCUUGCUUAUGUUCCAUACCGUAAUAGCAAACUAACGCGGAUUCUUAAAGAUGGUCUGAGUGGAAAUUCCCAGACGGUGAUGAUUGCAACCAUAUCACCUGCAGAUAGUCAGUAUCACCAUACCGUGAAUACAUUGAAAUAUGCUGACCGAGCUAAGGAGAUAAAGACACACAUUCAGAAAAAUAUUGGUACCAUAGACACUCAUGUCUCAGAUUACCAACGGAUGAUCGACAGUCUUCAAAGUGAGGUUUGUCAGCUGAAAAAGCAAUUAGCUGAAAAGGAGUCUCAGCUAAGCAUCAAACCUUUCGAAAGAAGUGUUGAUGGUGAGGUUUCUUGGCUGGAUGCUUUAAGCCAUCAGAUCAGCGAAAAUGUCCAAGAUCGCAUAAACUUGCAGAAGGCACUGUUCGAGCUUGAGGAAACUAAUCUCCGAAACCGAACUGAACUUCAGCAUCUUGAUGAUGCCAUUGUGAAACAGGUUACAGAAAAAGAACAAGCUAUAGUUGAAGCUCUAAGAACCAGGCGACAAGUGAUACUUGAUAACAUCCGUGACAAUGAUGAAGCUGGUGUCAACUACCAGACAGAAAUCGAAGAAAAUGAAAAGCAUCGUUGUGAAAUCCAAGAUAUGCUAAACGAAGCAAUUAAUAACAAUGGAAACAAGACUUACCUGCAUAUUCUUAAUCAGUACAAGCUCCUGGGGAUGGCUAAUAUAGAACUACAGUUCGAAAUGGCGAUGAGAGAUCAAAUCAUAUACAACCAACGGGAAGCACAGAGGAACCUUUGGAAUCUGCUUAUGGGUUUGGGAGUUGAGGAGAAACACAUAUUUGAGCUCGCUGCAAAACAGGGAAUCACGAUCGAAGACUGGAGUAUGCAGCCAUACCCCGGGAUUCCGUACCAGAAACAAUCACUACCGGGCAGAUAUUCUCCUUUAAGAAACAUCCCUGACAUGGGUCACUCCUAUUCUCAAUCCUCUUGCACUUUGCAGAGCUAUCAAAACUUCGGAACAAACUCUCCUUCCAAAGGACAAUGGGCUCCGGCCCCGACUUUCUGCAGAGAGGAACAUCACAGUUCAUACUACUUCAUGGGACAAGAUAGCUCCUCGUCACAAUUUGUCAAUCUUAGAAAAAGCUACGAUGGCUGGGUUGGUGGCAGGCCUGCUUCCUGGCUGAACAAUACCGGAGGCAGCCAUCCUCGAGGUUUGCUCGGUUCAUACCCCCAGUCACAGACAGUGAACCAUUCUUCUCCACAGACCGAAAGCUGGAUGGUCUCCUCCCAUAUGGGUACCAACUUUUACCAGCCUCAAAGAGAUAUCUGGAUGAACACCGCCAGCCAACGGCCUCCAUACGCAAGCCCACGAGCUGGAACCAGUGGCACCACCGCCCAUCCUUUCUGUGGAAGCCCACGUGCUGCAAUAAGCAGUGCCCAGAUUUUCUACGGCAGCCCACGCGCUGGAACCAGUGGAACCACCAGCCAUCCAUUUGGGGGAAGCCCACGUGCUGUAAUAAACAGUGCCCCAGUUUCGUACGGCAGCCCACGAGCCACCACCACAAUAUCGAGCAGUGGCAAUGGCGGCGGCGGCAGCAACCAGCAUCUGUACGGAAGCCCUCGUGCCAUGCAAAGCAGGAGCCGCUCUAACCUUCACAGAGGCAGCAAAACUAAACGCCGUUAGCUCGUGAUCAUAUCUUUUAUUAACACAGAGGCCAAGUUUUUGGAAGAAAGCCUCUCCCACGUCCUUCUGUACAGACAUCCACUGUAUCUUUCCUCUUCUUCUUGUAUAUUUCCACGACCAUUUUGGUUUGAUGUGUAUAAUAUAAGAUGUUUCUACUGCUAAUUCUCAUGGAAGGUGAGUUGCAGAUAUUCUGUAAAUGCUUUGAGUUUCAGUUUUCGAGCUAUGUAAUCUUCUUGAUUUU